GUGACAUGAAUACUAGACGAUGAUUGGAUUUUCAACCUCACCAAGACCUCCCUGAUUACUUUUUUCAAAAGAGGAAGUAAGUGCAUUUUGCUGUGACUUGACAUGGCGUCUGGAGGUGUUUGGAAAUUAAUUCGUCCCUGUAACCUUGCGUCUCUUCGAUAUGUGGGGAGCGCGUUGUGGCAGCAGAUGGCACCUAUAGCCGUGGGGGCCGCGGCGACCAGUAGACAGUUCUCCAGCGAUGCUCCCCGGGAGAACAUUAGCCGAUACCCGGUUCCAAACAAGAAAGACCUGCCAUUCGACAUGGUGGAACUAAUGGAGGAGGUGGAGACCAAGGGAGGAUUCCUUCCCAAUGUCUUCAAGGUCCUGGCACAUCGUCCAGCAGAGUUCCGCGCUUUCUUUUCCUAUUACAACGAAUUGAUGAACAAGGAGACAGGGGGACUGACGAAGGCUGACAGGGAGCUGAUUGUGGUCGCCACCAGUAUCCACAACCAGUGUCUCUACUGUGUCGUGUCCCACAGUGCACUGCACCGCAUCUACUCCAAGAAACCCACACUGGCUGACCAGGUGAUAGUAAACUAUGAGAAUGCAGAGCUGUCCCCUCGGGAGCGGGUCAUGCUGGACUUCGCCCUGGCCGUUUGUCGCAGCGACACCAUCACCGACCAGCACUUUCUGUCCCUGGAGGAAGUGGGCUUUGACCGUGAGGACGCCUGGGACAUCGCCGCCAUCGCUGCUUUCUUCGCCAUGUCCAACCGGCUGGCCCACCUGACCGACAUGAGACCCAACGCAGAGUUCUACAACAUGGGCCGUAUGCCCCGGGACAAGACCAAGGGGGAGGGAGAGGGCAAGUAGUGAGGUGACAAGGGAUACAGAAAACAUCACACAGACUUUAAGUUCCUUCCUAUUGAUUUUAUUGGUGAGCUAACCACAUAGACUCAGUGGAGGCCAGGGGACCUACCUAAGCGUGUGAUAUCAUAUGUGACUGUUUAGUGCCGGUCUGCCACACUAUCUACAGUAGAACCUGUUAAUGUUACUUUGCAGAGUUCUGUAGGCUCAAUUAUUAACUGAGGAUUUUGAAAUGUUAGAUAUGUUAAAUGGAGUUUGGAGUGCAAAUGUGUGUCUUCUAGUGUGUGUGCAAAUCAGGAUGUAUAUUUCUGUAAAUAUUCACUCUAGGAAAGGUGUUUGUUCUCUUUGGGAAGUGUGUGUCUCGGUCUGGUAGUCAGGCAGUAACACUCGGUAACGUAAUGGAACACUCACUGCUAUGCAUUGAAAAUCCUUAUGUUUUCUAAAUAAAGAAUAUACAUCUUCUAUUCUACU